AUGCUCUAUCACACCAGGAGUGUUGAAUGUGUUUGCUUUAGCUCCCAUUGCCACAACGAGAUAAUCAUAAUCCACCACAAAUUCCGAAUUUCCUUCUAA